AGCCCAAACUCGCUUUGACAGUCUAGCACGAUCGACGACACUUGAGUGAGUGAGUGUACGAAAGUACGUAUGUCACUUUACAGUUUCAACUUGUCCAUGGUUGUUUCAUUCUUGAUCUUGACAUCGUGAUACAAACAUGGAAACACAUGCGAUUUGAUAUUGGAUUGGUGCUGUGGAUUUAAGUAGUUGGAUUAGUUGAAAAAUCAGAAGGAACUAGAACUUGUUUGCUUUUUCUGCUUUUUCUCUGAACUUUCUUCUUUACUUAGCACAUCUACACGUACUAGUACUGUAUCCCACAUCAAGUACUAGAACAGUAUGGCGCUUUUGACUUCUGCCCGCUGCGCCGCACCCUCGGCCCGCUACCCCGCACUUAUUUCUUCAAAGACGGAGUUUGUCGCGCUUGUGUUGCAGUUCGUCGCGAAGCUGCUGUGCUGGAGAAUUGACGCAGAUGAUGAUUCCGGCGCCGAAAGUAUUCGCGAAACGCGGCGAAUCCCAAAUGUCGCGAUCCACUGGCAGCUACGCCCCACAAUAUGUGGCUGGGUCUUGAGUUGCUAGAUCUGUAGAGAUAGGUGUCCUCCGUCUGAGAUCUUUGUUUCGCUGGGUCCCGGCCUCUGUCGUACUUAAACAUCCGGCGUCUAAUUGUCCCCUCGUGCUUCUAGACAAGUAGAACAUCUGCAAGAAAAGUAGAUCGAAGCAAGUAAUGUGUCGUGAGAAGUGCGAGCAAGAGCAUCAACAUUUAUAAAUCCAAGGACUCAACAAAGAUCACACUUGCUUGCCUGCUUUGCUAUACACGUUUUUUGUUUUUCAGUAGACCUAGGUACAUUUCCACCUGAUAUUAUCCCCAAAACCGGGCCGGACAGCACCACACAAAGGAGGACCUCGAGCAGAUCAGCGAGGACUACAAGGAGGCUCGCAAAACGUUGAAUCGACUUCCGCAGGAGGUGGUGCGAUCGAACGACUUUUACGCCAACCUGCUGCUGCGGAACGCAUUUGCAGAGGUUCCCGCCAGCCGCUGGCGAAUCGACGACCCCGCCGUAAAAGAAGCUCUGCUGCAGUUACCCGUGAUACCGCUGUGGAUCAUUUUCCUCGAGGCACAUUUUCAAGUUCAGAUCCAGGGGCCGAAAACCACGACGUCCCAGGUGGCAGAGCGGAAAACCUUCCAGACUUCGGUUCUGACACCGCUGCUAAAGCUGGCUGCGCAGGAGUACAAAAAACGCGACUCGGUGGACGAACACGGCGUCGAUGGGAAGAACGCACUGCCACUGUCGCUGCAAAUUCUCAAAAGGUUUCCGAGCAGGAUAACAAGCACCAACGAUCUACUGGAAGCGGCCUAUCGAAAGAGAUCAUACUGCACUUCUGCCGAGAAACAGAAACAUCCGCCAAGUGGUUGGGCAUGCGUUUUCAUGAGUACUGAAAGUAGCCUGUGGCAAUGGACGCAAAAAACCUUUUGUUAUGUGACUCUCCAGUUUUGUUCUUUCAGAUGAACAUGUAAUACAGCUGUAUCAUGUCCUGCCAGCACGUCAGAUUUUGGUUUUGGUGGUCAGACAUUGCUCUUUCUAUACCGUGCGUAAAGUGAUUCGCGGAAAAAUUGGCGACCUUUCGCCAGACCUCGGUGCCGUGCCUCCAUUGCUAUUCCGCAGGUGCGUACAAUACCACUUCGUCACGGACGCCAUUGCGGAAAGCCUGUCAUGGGGGAACGAAAAGCCGAACAAGAAGGCUUCGUCUGUUGAGCAGAUGGGCAAGAACGCUGUUUUUUUCGCGUCGGCCUCCGUAUCCUCGUCACAUGUUGACCAAGUGGAACAGCGACUACACGGCAUGAAACCUUCAGACAGGCAACCGCUACGGCUGACAAUUACCAUACUGAAAAUGUGCGCGUCUUCCAUUUCGACGACUCUGCGAGCCGCAUGAUCUCAUCAUCUUAUCAGCACUUUGUAUGUAUUGCUGCUGGCACUAGUAAUAUGACGCAAUUUUUCUGAUUAGGCAGCUGCAAGUAGUUCCUCGUUUCGAUCGCACAGAAAUUAUUUUUCUAAUUUUGUAGAAUUCUAUAGCAUGCGCAUGAUUGCAAAAUGUGCACAGUAUUCGUCCUUCCAUGUCUAGCGUAGUGGUCAAUAGCAUCUCACAAUCGCCAGCACAGGGACUGAUUCAAAAACAAAGUCACCAGCAGGAACUCUAAUCUGGCAUUGGCUCGUGCAUUUUUGCGCAUGAUGUAGUACGCCGUCAAGCCUGAAUCGUCUCCGUCCAAGGUGGGCCAUCUGAAGGUGGUCAAAACGCAACGCAGAUGCAAAACAACGUAUAAAGAGCAACGUCGCGCGAGGUGUCAACUGCAAAAAAGUCUGGCUCGUCUGGGAGAAUACAGAAGGCGUCGUGCAAAUUGUGUAUUUAGAAGGACCAGACCAAGGUAAACGUAAAUCUAUCGUCUGUAGUUCACCGUGUCCAUGACAGACAGAGACAGUGACAGAUGGACCUCUGUCUAUAAUUGUAAAAAGAGAAAGACGUCUGCCACACUCACAGCAGCAAGAUCAAUGGUUUUCAAAGUUAUGAUUCCGCAUCACAAACUCGGUGUAUUGUUGUAGAUUGGAACAAAAAUUGCGCAAGAUAAAGAUUUUCUGCUCGUUUGUGUGCUAGAUCGUAGUCCCUAUGGUCCUAAUUGAGGCUCGUAAGUUUGCAUUCUUCCAGACGUCGCAGGGGCAUUUACAAUGCAUAAAAAGGACUUGCAGGAACGGGAGAUUCGCAAAGAGUAUGCCCGUCAAAACUUGCGACAAUACCAACCGAAGAGAUGAUGUCUGUGACACUUAUAACUAGAGCAAACUACAAGUAGUGCGAUUGAUGCGAAAAAGCAUCGAAUUGUGAGUAUCAUUUUUUUCUCACCGAUGGAUUUUGUAUUUCAGCUGGCUUUUAAGUGAAUGCUGUCCGCGAUUUGGAGACCAAUACUCCGCGACGCAGCUCUGCAGAAAAUGUCUUCAUCGCAUCGUGGUACAUACCGACAAGUAGAAGUACCUCAAAAUACAU